GAUGAUGGUGACAAUGAUGGUACUGAUGAUAAUGAUAAUGGUGAUGAUGAUAAUGAUGAUGACAAUGAUGGUGAUGAUGAUGAUGAUGGUGACGAUGAUAAUGAUGAUGAUGAUGAUGAUAAUGGCAUUGGUGUUGACAAUGAGUGAAUGAUGGAGUACUGCAAAGUGUUUUGAACUUUUUGAAUACGUGGAUGAAAUCCUUUGCUGUUGCCAUUCAUUGAAACCUCUUCAGCAAAAUUUUCACAUGAUACUAUUUGUUUCUAAGCAGUUUAGAAAUUGAAACUUUCACCAAAUUUUGACCCUGGCCGCUUUUGGGAGGAUGAAAGGGUUACCAGUCAAUCUGUAUUUUGACCAGCUGAACAUUUUCCAAGGUGGAGGGCUUAAGAUAAAUCUGAAUGCAAGCUGCUUUAUAACCCGAACAACAAGGGUGAAAACAGGGUUUUAAGUUACUCUUACACUUAAACCAAGCUCGACUUACCUCCUCUUGAACAAGGUGAUUUCGUUGCUGCCGAAUCUGGGAUAAAAAGUCGAAGACAUUGAUGUCUCCAGUGACAUGCAUUCUUUUAACCAUACUAUGGAUUACAAUGUACGCUCCACUUCUGCCCACACCAGCGCUAAAAAAAUAAGUAAAUAAACGAAUUAAUGAAUUAAAACCAAAUACAACAAGUGGAAUACAGAGUUCAUACUGCUGUUCGCAACGAGUAGAGAACAUAAUGAUUAUGAUGAUGAUGAUAAUAAUAAUACUAAUACUAAUACUAAUACUUAUACUAAUACUAAUACUAAUAAUAAUAGUAAUGAGGAGGAGGAGGAUGACUAUGAUGAUGAUGAUAAUGAUGAUGAUAACUUUUGA